AUGAUCAAUCGGACACCGAUCAAGACCAGGAGUGCCGCUGCGGCCCGAGUAACGCAGGCCGCAUCUGUUGGUGGUUCCAUCGUCCACACGAAAAACUGCAAGGUAUGUGCCCAACCGAGUAACACACAAAUGAUCCGGUGCAUCAAAUGUGAUUGCGAGUUUCACGAGGAGUGUGUUGGAGUUAUUGAAACAGGAGCCCACGACUGGCAAUGUGCCGCCUGUACAGGAAAGCAUGGAGCCAGGCCAAAACAGCCGAUCGUUGCUCCAACAUCAGAAACGUUCGUAAGUACUAGCACAAUCAGUCCGCUGGUGCACGCAACUACCGCAUCGUCAGACACACAGCCAAAUCCGGUGCCGAACGUGUCGGUUCCGUCCACGCUAGUUGUGUCACCAGGUUCACUAUUUCCGCCUUUGCCGCAAAAUAUAUAUUUGCCACCAAACUCGCUCAUGCCACCCCAUUCGCUUAUACCACCAAACUCGUUUAUACCGCCUUAUUAUUCAUUGCCGUCGUAUCAGCCCACCCAAUAUCAAUAUGAGAUAUGUCCAGUUCCGUCAAGUCAUCAGUCAAAUAUGCACGUUUCAUUCGCGAGUGGAAAGAAUUUCGAGCAGUGUAACACAGUGCCAUCAAGAUUCAGCCAGGUGAUUCCAUCUGUAUUCAGCACAGUUCCAACCGGUUCCAGCGACGCCAUGCUCAACAGGACUCUGCACGAAGGACGAACCAUGAACAUCCCGACGUCAGCGUACGUGAAGCAGCCUCAGAGAAAUCAACAUCAAGACUCUGAGGACAACCACAGCCAGUACUCCGGAACAAGUUCACAAAGGUCCGCCAAACAAAGACAGUUGAAGUUGAAGUUGCAAAUUCUGGAAGAGGAUAGGAAACAGCAAGAAACAGAAGAAGCAAGCAAGCGCGAAUAUCUACGUAAACGACACGAAUUGAUGACGGAGAUCAUAAACGAUGAAGCCUCUGUGACCGAUAUUGAAGAAGAUAUGCCAGCAGCUAGAGGCUGCAGAAUCUACGUCAUUCCCAAACUGGACCCGAUCAAGCAACGACCAUACGUAACGCCGUUCAACAGCAUCGUCGAGCUUCAAGCAACGGAUAAUCACGAUGUAGUUCGGUCUAACAACUCUGGUUUUCAUAGUUCCGUUCAGAACGUGACGUCAAGACUUCGUCAGAUGGAAAUCCAAAACAACGGGGAACGAGCUGCUGGUCUCCAGAGUGUACAAACGAACAUCGAUCAUGCACAGCCUCAGAACUCAACUCCUAGACUGAUGAGUUUCGAGGGAGAGGACGGGCCCUUCCUAAACCGCAACCAAAUUGCCGCCCGGCAAGCCGUUUCUCGCGAUCUUCCGAUAUUCAAUGGAAUCCCAGAGGAAUGGCCGUUAUUUCUAUCUACAUUCACUACUACGACCAGGAUGUGCGGAUACACGCAGGAGGAAAAUCUAAUUAGGUUGCAGAAAUGUUUGAAAGGAAAAGCACUUGAAGCUGUUAAAUGCAGACUGAUGCAUCCGUCCAACAUAUCCGGAAUAAUGUCAACGCUCAAAAUGUUGUAUGGUAACCCGGAGGUUAUCGUGCAAAACCUGAUCGCCAAAAUUCAUUCAACGCCACCGCCUAAAGCCGAGAAGUUGGAUACUCUGGUAGAGUUUUCUUUAGCAGUACAAAAUUUGUGGGCUACUAUCGAGGCAUGCCAACUGGAUGAAUAUUCCUACAACGUAGCACUGGUAAAUGAGCUAGUGAACAAGCUUCCGUGUGCGUUCAAAGUGGAAUGGGCUAAACAUCGCCGUAAUUUGCCCCGUGUAAACAUACAGGAACUUGCGGACUGGUUGAACGAUUUAGCUGAAACAGUCUGUCCUAUAGCAAACCUGCCGAGCAGUGUUCCAAAAGCAGUGCAAGGAAAUCGUAACCCCGGACAUCUGCACACCCACAGCGAGGAGAUAACCGAAAGCUCGUUAGAAAAACAGUCAGAACCUUCAGAACCGUUGAGAUUUGAGCGGAAGGAUCCACAAAUUACCACAUGUGUGGUAUGCAAAAGUAGUUGCCUGUCAUUAGAUAAAUGUCAACGAUUCAUCGAACUUGGAUACAACUCAAAGUGGGCUGUCGUAAAAGAAUUUGGUCAUUGCAGGAAAUGUCUACGGAAACACAAAGGUUCGUGCAGACUGCAGCAGACGUGUGGGAAGAAUGGAUGCACUUACAAACACCAUCAACUGCUACACAACUAUGAGCGUGAUGGAGCGAACGCGGCAAAGCCCAAAGAAGAAGAGUCCAUUGCAGUUCUUCCGAAUUUGUCAGAAGGCGAAUGUAAUGUACAUCGACAACGUAAACCCACCGUAUUGUUUCGAGUUCUUCCGAUCCUGCUUCACGGCAAGAACAAAUCGAUCAGAACCUAUGCGUUUCUAGACGACGGAUCGUCACUUACCUUGAUCGACGCUUCGUUAGCAAAGGAGCUGAAUCUAGAUGGAAAACCCGAACCAUUAUGCUUAAAAUGGACUGGAAACAAUAGUCGAAGGGAAGAUGGAUCGAUAAUAUUGGAUGUUGAGAUGUCAGGAACGGGAAAGGCAUCACGGACAUAUUCUGCCGUGGCUCAUACAAUUGCUAGCCUGAAUCUGUUUCACCAAACCGUAGAUUCACAGAAGUUGAAGAACCAGUACCCUCAUUUGCGAGGAAUACCGUUGGAGUCAUAUCAUGACGUCCAGCCUCGGAUUUUGAUCGGAAGUGAUAACGCUAACCUUAUCUACCAGCUCAAAGGACGGGAAGGGAAGUUCCAAGAACCAAUCGCAACAAAAACCCGUCUUGGAUGGAGUGUCUACGGUGGUGUCGCCGGAAAUGAUGUAUUUGUAGGCCAUCACAGUAUUCAAAUAUGUCCUUGUAGCAAAGAAGCCGAUGAAACAAUACAACAAGCCGUUCGUGAAUACUUCCGGUUGGAUGCACUUGGGAUCUACAAACCGGAGAAGCUUCUAGAAUCGCGCGAUGACCAAAGAGCUCGUGAAAUACUACAAUCGAUAACGCAAACAGAAAGCGGACGGUACGAAGUUAGCCUGCUGUGGAAAUUCAACGAUUUGCGUUUACCGAACAGCAAACCGACAGCGCUGCAGCGUUUUCGUUGUUUGGAAGGCAGGAUGAAAAGAGAACCUGAAUUAGCUGCCAUUCUACGAGCAAAAAUCGAAGACUACAAGCAAAAAGGUUAUAUUCGAAAAUUGACUAGCGAAGAGCUGAAAGCAAGACAAGAGCGUAUCUGGUACCUUCCCUUAUUCCCAGUGUUCAAUGCUAACAAGCCUGGGAAAGUUAGGGUAGUUUGGGACGCAGCUGCCAAAACUAAUGGGGUGUCACUAAAUUCUGUUUUACUCAAAGGGCCGGACUUACUUACACCUCUGGAUUACGUACUCUAUCGUUUUCGCGAAUUUCGGAUUGGUCUCAGUGGUGAUGUGCGUGAGAUGUACUUACAGAUGCUCAUGACCAAGAAAGAUCAGCACUGUCUUAGAAUACUGUGGUGUGAUGAUUCAUCUGGUGAUCCAAGUACGUACGUGACGCAGGUCAUGCCCUUCGGUACAAGCUGCUCACCUAGCUGCGCACAAUAUGUGAAAAAUCUCAACGCUAGUAAGUACGAGGAUCAGUUUCCAGCAGCAGCAGAAGCAAUAUCAAAACAGCAUUAUGUCGAUGACAUGCUUGUAAGCGUGGAAACAGAAGAGGAAGCCAUCCAGCUCGCCAAGGAUGUCGAAUAUGUCCACGCUCAAGCCGGGUUUGACAUGCGGAAUUGGAUUUCCAACUCAUCCGCAGUAGUGGAAGCCAUGGCGAACGAAACGUCGCACGAAAAGAACCUGAACAUCGGAGCUGAACUCGGUACGGAGAAGGUAUUGGGAAUGUGGUGGUGCACAGCUACGGAUACAUUCACCUACAAACUGUCGUCGAAACAUGACCCAACGUUGCUUGAGGGACUUCGUAAGCCAACUAAGCGGGAGAUUCUGAGGACCUUAAUGGCAGUAUUUGACCCUCUCGGCCUAAUAUCCAACGUUCUCAUAUACUUGAAGGUGUUAUUCCAAGAAGUGUGGAGAUCUGGAAUAGGAUGGGAUGAUGUUAUACCGGAAAACCUUCAUGAUAAGUGGAAUAAAUGGUUGGAAAUCUUGCCAAAAGUGCCAAAUAUCCGCAUACCUCGGUGCUACCGUAUAAGCACGGAGUUAAAUUUGCAAACUAACAUUCAGUUGCAUACCUUCGUCGAUGCGAGCCUCUCUGGAUACGCCGCAGUAGUUUAUCUACGAUUUGAACAAGGUGGCACUGUGGAAUGUGCCAUUGUUGGGGCUAAAACUAGGGUAGCUCCUCUCAAGUUUGUCUCCAUUCCGAGAUUGGAACUGCAAGCCGCAGUUAUUGGAGUCAGAUUAGCAGAUACAAUCACUAAGGCCUUAUCAUUCAAAAUCCACCAGCGCUUCUUUUGGAGUGAUUCACGGGACGUAUUGUGUUGGAUACAGUCGGACCAUCGUCGCUAUUCACAGUUUGUGGCGUUUCGCGUAAGUGAAAUCCUAGAGUCAACUACUAUGGCAGAAUGGGGACACAAAGGAUCGAAAGAAAACGUCGCUGAUGACGCUACUAAAUGGAACAGCCUACCGGAUUUGUCACCAAGCAGCAGAUGGUUCAAGGGGCCUAGUUUCUUGUGGGAAACUAGCAACAAAUGGCCUUUAAACCCUUUCAUACAGGACAGUACACAGGAAGAACUUCGAGCACAAGUUUUCCACCAUCGCGAUCAACCUAAAGAUUUAAUCAAGGUUCAAGAUUUUUCUUCCUGGACACGCCUCCAACGAACGGCAGCUACGGUGCUAAGAUCUAUGCACAACUUCCGUUGUAACGCGAACAAGGAGCAUCGGAAAAUCGGACCCCUUGCAUCAUACGAGCUCCAACAAGGCGCAAACUAUCUCUACCGAUUAGCUCAAUCAGAAGCAUUUCCGGAUGAAAUUUCUGCAAUAAGUGAGGGCCGCAUUACACUGCCAAAAACAAGCCCAAUUCGCUGCUUUAAUCCGUUCAUCGACGCACAAAAGUUAAUGAGAAUGCAGGGAAGAGUCAGUGCAUGCGACUAUGCGUCAGCUGAUGCAAAACAUCCGAUAAUUCUUCCUAAAGAUCAUCACAUAACAUGGUUGAUUGUGAAGGACUAUCAUGAGCGUUUCCAUCACCAGAAUCAUACUACCGUUAUCAACGAACUGCGACAAAUUUUCAAAAUCCCGAAGAUUAGGCGACUAUUUCAACGAGUCAGGACGGAAUGUCAGAGGUGCAAAAUCAACUCGGCUGUUCCACGACCUCCAAUUAUGGGCGAUCUUCCGUCAGCGAGACUGGCUGCUUUCACUAGACCGUUUUCUUUCGUGGGCGUGGACUACUUUGGGCCUUUGACUGUGGUGGUGGGUCGGCGAACAGAAAAGCGAUGGGGUGUGCUAAUAACAUGUCUGACGGUACGGGCAAUACAUAUUGAAAUCGCGCACUCGCUGAGUGCCAGUUCUUGCGUGAUGGCAUUACGGAAUUUCAUGGCACGGCGUGGUGUACCAAUUAGAAUACAUAGUGACCGUGGAACAAACUUUACGGCGGCGAACAAAGAAUUGGCUGCGGCAAACGAAGAUCUCAGGGCUGCGCUUAAAGAGAUGGAGCAAGAUAAAGUUAUUGCAGAAAUUGUUAGCUCCGAUACAGAAUGGACUUUCCUUCCUCCAGCAUCACCACACAUGGGCGGAGCCUGGGAGCGGCUGAUACAAACGGUGAAAAAAACUUACGCGCAAUGCAGCCUGGAAGAAACCCUACGGAUGAAGUUCUCCGUAAUAUUAGAAGAUUCGGAGGCACCAGUCCUCACUCCUAACCAUUUCCUGUUGGGGUCAUCGAAUGGCCUCAAGCCGUUGUCACUAUUUGAUGACAGUGCAGCGGUUCUACGACGAUCAUGCUGUAUGUCGCAAAUCGAAGCGAACAUUUUUUGGAAAAGGUGGUUGCGCGACUAUCUGCCGGAAAUAACCAGACGAACGAAGUGGUUCAGCAAAGUAAAACCGAUCGAGGUGGACAAUAUAGUGAUAGUUGUCGACCCGGAACUACCACGCAACUGUUGGCCGAAAGGGCGAGUUAUAUCGGUCAACACAAGCAAGGACGGGCAGGUACGUUCAGCAACCGUGCAAACCAAAACGGGCAUAUACGAACGUCCAGCAACUAAACUUGCGGUUCUUGAUGUCCGACGCGAUCAGCUAGUAAGCCAGGAACCUGGCGUACCCGGGGGGGAGUGUUACGACCCCUCGGUCGGCGCGUCGGUGUAG